CCGAUUUACCAGUUGGCUGAGAUUUGAGGCAGGCUGCGAGAGCUUAAUCCAACAAUCCGCAAAGGCAAAAUGAUGCUCAGUAUGUUCUUCUUGAUACUUAGUUUGCACCUCUGCUUUCGAAUCAGCUCUUGUCAGCGAAGUGGAGGAGAUUUCAACCAUCAGAUGCUUUCUCAGAUGAUGCUAACAAACCAGGAACUGGCAGAGAUUAAAGAGCUGCUUAAACAACAGAUAAAAGAGGUCAUCUUUCUGAAGAACACCUUGGCUGAGUGUGAUCUCUGUGGUAUUCGACAGGAGGGGAAGCAGCCACCGAUUACUGUUUAUCCAUUUGGAAAAUGUGUUCCCAAUCCCUGCUUCCCCGGGGUGCUGUGCUCUGAAACAGCAAAUGGAUUCCUCUGUGGGACCUGUCCCACUGGCUUGACAGGCAAUGGAACACAUUGCACUGACGUGGAUGAGUGCCAAAUGCAGCCCUGCUUCCCUGGAGUCCGCUGUAUUAAUCAAUCUCCUGGUUUUCGAUGUGACCCUUGUCCAAGUGGCUACAGUGGCCCAAGAAUCCAGGGAACAGGGGAGACGUUCGCCCGAACACACAAACAGGUGUGCACAGACAUCAACGAGUGUGACGAUGGGCAUAAUGGUGGCUGUGAUCCAAACUCCAUCUGUACCAACACCCCGGGAUCAUUCCGAUGUGGGCCCUGUAAGGCUGGAUACAUCAAAGACCAGGUCAGAGGCUGCCAACCAGAGAGGAGCUGUGCAAAUGGAGCACCAAACCCAUGCCAUAAGGAGGCGCGGUGCAUUGUGACGCAGAACAGCCAGAUCAGCUGUGUUUGUGGAAUUGGCUGGGCUGGAAAUGGCUACGUCUGUGGACCCGACACAGAUAUCGAUGGGUUUCCCGAUGCGACACUGGAUUGUCCUGAGAGAAACUGCCACAAGGAUAACUGUGUGUCAGUGCCAAACUCUGGACAGGAAGAUGCAGAUGGCGAUGGGAUUGGAGAUGCCUGUGACAAUGAUGCUGAUGGUGAUGGCAUUCUUAAUGAAGAGGAUAACUGUGUUCUGAUACCAAAUGUCAACCAGAGAAACACCGACAAGGAUAACUUUGGGGACCUGUGUGAUAACUGCAGACUUGUCAUUAAUAACAACCAGAAGGAUAGUGAUGGUGACGGAAGAGGAGAUGUAUGUGAUCAGGACAUGGAUGGAGAUGGAAUCAGGAACCGUUUGGAUAACUGUGAGCGUGUUCCAAACCGGGAUCAGAGGGACCAGGAUGGAGAUGGGGUUGGAGAUGCCUGUGACAGCUGCCCAAACAUCAGAAACCCAGAUCAGUUGGAUGCUGACAACGACCUGGUGGGCGACUCCUGUGACACCAACGCCGACAGUGACGGAGAUGGGCAUCAGGACACCAGAGAUAAUUGCCCAACAGUCAUUAACAGUGCCCAGCUGGACACUGACGGAGAUGGGCUGGGUGAUGAGUGUGAUGAUGACGAUGAUAAUGAUGGAAUCCCUGAUGCACGUCCCCCUGGACCAGACAAUUGUCGGCUUGUAGCUAAUCCAACUCAACAAGACCUUGAUGGUAAUGGGAUUGGAGAUAUCUGUGAAGGAGAUUUUGAUGAUGACAAGGUGAUUGACGUCAUUGACGUAUGUCCUGAGAACGCCCAGAUUACACUCACCGAUUUCCGAGCAUUUCAGACCAUCGUCUUGGACCCUUUGGGAGAUGCACAGAUUGACCCAAAUUGGAUCGUCCUAAACCAGGGAAUGGAGAUUGUACAGACAAUGAACAGUGACCCAGGCCUCGCUGUUGGGUACACAGCUUUUAAUGGUGUGGACUUUGAAGGAACGUUUCAUGUUAACACAGUGACGGAUGAUGACUAUGCUGGAUUUAUCUUUGGCUAUCAGGACAGCUCCAGCUUCUACGUGGUAAUGUGGAAACAGACAGAGCAAACUUACUGGCAGGCAAAUCCUUUCCGUGCUGUGGCUGAGCCUGGGAUCCAACUCAAGGCAGUGAAAUCACAGACCGGUCCAGGACAACACUUGCGGAAUGCGCUCUGGCACACAGGAGACACCAGUGACCAAGUACGGCUCCUGUGGAAGGAUCCCAGGAACAUUGGCUGGAAAGACAACACAUCAUAUCGCUGGUUCCUGCAGCACCGGCCACAGGUCGGGUAUAUCAGGGUGCGGCUGUAUGAGGGGCCAGAGAUCGUGGCGGAUUCCAGAGUGAUCAUCGACACCACAAUGCGUGGAGGGAGACUCGGAGUUUUCUGUUUCUCCCAGGAAAAUAUCAUUUGGGCAAAUCUACGCUACCGUUGCAAUGACACGAUUCCAGAAGAUUUCCGCCCGGCACAACUCCAGUUGCAGAUUUGAAUGUGACCUCUGAACUCCUGAACCUUUGACCCUUUAAACCUGACAAGUAACAAUCACGUAUCACACUUUGAACCGCGCUUCUGCUGCCUUCCCUGCAGUUUAAUGGGCAUCAGUUGGAACCUGGAACGGUAGGAAACACCAGAUCUGGGAUGAAGGCUGAAUGAUUAAUGAUCCGGCUCCUGGAUUCUCCCAUCAGUUGAUUCCUUUGUGUUGAGGAAAUAGUCACAACACCACAAUCUCACGGGAUGUCUGGCAGCAGUAAUGCAAAGUGGGAGCAGGACAGAGCAAAGGGGAACAGUGUGUGGCCAGAAUUUCUGCUCAAUGACCAAGGUGGAUUGGUAGAAAUGUAUAGUGUAGGUGAGGCCAUUCUUGGCUAACAUACCUGUGCUGGCUCUUCCAAAGAGCAAUAGUGCUUAAUCCACACCACUGCUUUUUGUCCGUAACCCAGUAAUUCCUUCAUCUGUCCAACUCCUUUCUUAAAAUUAUUAAUAAAUUCAUCUUCCACUUUUUCAGGUAGAUUUCAGUUUCUAACAACCAAAUGAAAAUCAUUCUCAUCUCCUGCCUGACAUUUUUUAGUAAUGAUUUUAAAUCUCUGACUUUCACUCUACUAACCAGAAGUAAUGGAUUUUUUCGAAACCCCUUAUUUUGACAUUUCCUGUAUCAGAUAUGCGGAGAAUAUUUCUAGUCUCUGCUUAUA